ACCUUGUGUAGCGUUGUGUGCUUAAUUUACCUAAAGGAUGGGUAAAAUCACUAAAUUGGUGGUCUUUGGACCAAUUGGGUCUGGCAAAACUUCUCUCAUUGAACACUGCAUAUACGGAAAUUAUUUUGAUAGGCGACCGGAGGACUUUAUUUCCACUAAUGAAGACACAUACAAUGCUGUUGUUGAAACAGAUCGUGGCUCAAAAGAAAAGGUUCGAAUUUAUGAUCUUGGGGGAACGACUAAAUUAGAGCGUCAUUUUGUAAGCUGUGCUGAUGCAUUUAUUUUGGUUUAUGAUGUAAGCGAUGCGAAAUCUUUUACUGCAGUUCAAAAUUUAAAGCAAGACAUCGACAAAUACCGAGAAAAACGUGAUCUAUGCAUCGUAUUGUGUUGUCAUAAAGUUGAUAAACUUAGGGAUAUAACUCUAGAUUCUACAGAAGUUUCUCGAUGGACCCAAUCUGAGAAAGGUGAAUAAAAUUAUUUCCCCCAUCAUAUUUCAUUUAAUUUUAUUGAAUAGAUAAAACUAUAUCGUUUGUAUAACAUGAAUGGAAAACACUUAUGGGACAUCAAUGCAUGCAAUGUCUAAAACGUUAAGACCAUAUGUUGAUAAGUUGUUGCGAAAUUGGCAGCUACGCAGUCAAUCAGAUUUACAGGGACAAAUAAAAAAAAGAGGCAGUGGAACUGUCAUAUAUGCCUUUGAAAAACAAACCGAGUAUAAGUGGCAUUAGGUUGGUUUUGUUCAUUUCUAUUCUUUUACUUCCUCAUCUUUAUCCUCUUCGAGGACCUACAAACAUUCGAAAGUAUUCACAAAACCUGGAAUCACAUUUCACUCACUAAUUGGUUCAUAUGUCAAUUUCAGGAUAAGCAGCCACUACAUGGAUCGUCACCUAAAUAUCUGUUCUCAUUCUAGAAUCAUCACUUGGCUGAGUUGUAGAGACGAAAAAUAUUUACUUGUCCCAUGUCAGUAUUAUCUACAGAAGUUUUAUGACAACUCCGUGCUAUAGUCUCUACUGUUUCCGGAGUGAUGGGUACUUUUGAAACAACUGUCCACGAUCGUCAAUCACUGAUCAAUUUAUUCGCAUGGACUGUUUCCCGUGUUAACCAGUCACAAGGUAAAUCAGGAUUUUCUUUUGGAAAGAAAGAUGCUCGAUAGGGAGAAAAAUGUGGAGAACUUGUAGUUACAUGCCUAUUAUCUGUCAUCAUUACCAUUAAAUGGAUCUAUGAUGUGUGUGUGUGUGUGUGUGUGUGUGUGUGUGUGUGUGU